AUGCGGUAUACAGAAUCUGAGCUCGAUGCAGCUGCCUAUGAAUUAAUGACUGCUGGAAACAGCAGUUAUCAAUUUAAAAGAGCAAACAUGCAGCUUCCUAGUUCAAAAACAAUAAAACGACAUAUCGCAAGGCACACUACAGAAACUCAAGAAGGAGUCUUAAUGGUGAUGCCCCUGCUUAAGUAUCUAAAUGCGCACAACUAUCCAUUAGUAGUAGCUUUGAGUGAAGAUGGAACAACCCUUUCACCAAACCCGGAAUAUGAUUCAAGAAAUGAUGCAAUUCGUGGCCUAGUGGCUCCUUUAAACAAGUUUGGUAUGCCUGAACAAGAUGUUUUCAAAGCCAGUUCAAUCAAAAAGAUCAUAAACGAUCUUGAUCGUUUUUCUAAUGGUGAAUACUUAUAUGUUGUAUUAGCAACACCAAUGGCUGUCGGAGCAUCGCCAUUUUGCGUGCUGUACACGUGCAGUGAUAACAGAUUUACACAUGACCAAGUUAUGUCGAGGUGGGCAUUUAUAGAAACUGAAUUGCUGAAAGUUGGCAUAACCGUCAUAUCGAACGCGUCCGAUGGCGAUCCACGGCUUCUCAUGGCUAUGCGACAAAGAACAAAAAUACCAAAUGGAUGUCCAAGCGAAUCAUACGGCCUUCACUUUGUCAUAGAUAUGGAUGAUAAACCAAUCUGCAUUCAGGAUAGUAUUCACCUAGUCAACAAAUUUCGUCAUACCUUGUUAGACCCCAAAAAACAAAUGCGUUUAGGUGACUAUGUAAUUUCGCCUGCAGUCCUCAAACAAAUGAUGGAAAACGGACAAAAAGUUAUACACAAACUAAAUCCUUCUGAUUUGAAUGCGGCGGACCGAAUGAAAUUUGAUCCGUCAAUGAAACUUAUGUCGUUGAAUCUAAUUGAUCAUUUAACCACAGUGGUACCUGGCAGUAUCGGAACAGCUACAUAUUUACGAAUAAUGCGUAAUGCUUAUUUAGUAUUUAACGAUCAACAAAUGUCUCCUACAGAACGCAUAACUUCAAUAUGGACUACCUUAUUAUUUGUUCGUGCAUGGCGACGAAUUUGCUUAAAGCAUCAGAAAACACUAAAACAGUGCCCUACAUCAAAUGUGUAUCAUUGUUUAGAAUUAAAUGCGCAUGGCUUAAUAAAAUUCAUUGUCAGAUGCCGGAAAGCCAAUAGAAGUGAACAAUUCAUUAUCAAUCAUUUAUCAAGUCAACCAUGUGAAACUGCAUUUCGUGAGCUUCGGUCAAUGACAACUGUUAAUCACACCGCAGUUAAUUUCACCAUGAAAGAAGUCGAGCAGCGCAUGCAAAAAGUUCAAAUGAAAUUAUUCAUCGUGCAUCGUAGAAAAACAGAGCUAAACUUUCCGUGCUUGCAGAAGAAACAGCUGAAAUCACAGAAAACGCCGAUCCAUGACCUUCCAAAUGAUAUCCAAAUCCGCCAAGCUAUCGAGAAAGCUGCAAACGAUGCAAUACAUUUGUUAAACCAUCUAGGUGUUGAACAGGAAGAUAUUGAUUUCGGGGAAAAACAGUGA